UUUUUAUUUUUAUUUUUCUCCUGAUUUGCUCCGCAGAGCCCUUUCAUCCUUUCUCCAUCCUCUCUAAGAUUUUAUCCUCCAUCAAUGCCGGUGUCGGUGAUGCUAGUUUUUGUUCUACCGUGCACAGUGGUGGGCGCGGCGUUCGCCUUCUACUUUUCAUUGAUGUGGUACUGUUUAUUAAGGGAGGCAGAGUUGCAGCGUGAGGAAAAGGCGACGCCGGAGCAGGGGUUGUCGGAGGCGGAGCUUGAGAAACUUCCGAAACUGACCGGGAAAGACUUGGUGAUGGAGCCGGAGUGUGCCAUAUGUCUGGAGCAGAUCAAGAGUGAUCAGCCGGCGAGAUUGCUUCCGGGUUGUAAUCACGGCUUUCAUGUACAUUGCGCCGAUACAUGGUUGUCCAGGAAUUCUGUUUGUCCUGUUUGUAGAAUCAGGAUUAACCCUGACCCUUUAGAUUCUGAAAAUCCCUGCUGAAACCUGUAAUACCAAAAAUCUGGCCCUGCUUUUUUUUUUUUUUUCUAUGCAAAAGAAUAGACGUAACACAAACGUCGAGGGAUGCAUUUUUUCUUAAAUUUUCAGGGAAAGAGACAUACCAAGAAUUAUUUGAUA